AUGACGUCGAGUAGUAGGGGAUGCAGUAGAACUGCUCAGAGAUUGUUAUAUUCCUCAAGACCAACCAUUGUUCCUCGAACGCCUCUCCGUACCCGUACACCAUGCAUACAAACAGCCAGGCCGCGAGGCUAUGCCGUCGCUGCAUCGACUUUUAAACCUCUCGAUGGUCCGCCCUCCCACCUCCCACAUGUUUCCGCCAUGCCCCCCGUCUCCCCUUCCCCAGGAGCAACGACGUAUAAAAUCUCGACUGGAAUUAUCCUCAGUCGGCCGCCUCUCCUCACCAAAACCGCGACGCCCUUUGAAAAAGCAUUUUAUCUCUACCAGAAACGUUUGAAUGAGAGAUUGGUAUUGCCGUUCACGAGAUACUUUUAUCACAAGAAAGAUCAACCGGCGGAUCUGGAAUGGAAGGCGAAGGUCAAAGAGAGGAAUGGGGUUGCGGCGAGGGAUAUCGGUGGGUAUAGAGCUUAUGGGGAAGAGGGAUGGAAUGAUGAAGUGUUGAUUGGGGGACAAGAGGAAAAAGUAGCGGAGUGGGAAAAUAUCGCGGGGAAAUUGGUGGAAGAGGGAAUGGGUGAGGAUUUGGAAAAGGUAAAGUUGGAGAGUAGAGAGGGAGAGGCGGAUAAGAGGAGUUUGGCGAGGAAGAUGGAUGAGACGGUUUAUUUGGUUGUGAAGGGGAAGGAGAAGUCUGUGGAUAGGGAGGGAAAGGAAGUACAGGUGGAUGUUUGGGAGUUUCCUAGGGGGGAUAUGGUGGGGAAUGAGGUUUUGCAUACGGCAGCCCAAAGAAUCCUCGCUCAAACAGCCGGUGAAAACAUGAAUACAUGGAUAGUAGGACAUGUCCCCAUCGGUAGUCUCACCAUCAAACCGUCGAAGAAAUUUGGAAGAGAAGCAGAAAAGGUGUUCUACAUGAAAGGAAGAAUUAUGGCUGGCCAAGCGAAUCUUAAGGGAAAUGCAUUUGGAAAGGAAGAUUUUAUGUGGUUGACGAGGAAGGAGAUUGAGGAAUUGGUUUCGAAGAGAUUUUGGAGUCAGGUGGCAGGAAUGCUGGGAGGUAGGUAG